GCGGCCCAGCGCGGGCGGGGAGCGGCGGGGAACGGCGCGGGCCUGUCUGUCGGCGGUGCCGGGGUUCGCGGGGGCUGCUUGGAGGCUUGGCCGCCGGGAAGAGGCCGCGGCCACGCUUCUUGGAAGCUACUAAGUGACUUCUUUGAAGAAUCAUGAAGUCACACUAUGUUGUGCUAACUCUAGCCUCCCUGAUGUUCCUGAUGUGUCUCCCUGUGUCACAGAGCUGUAACAAAGCACUCUGUGCCAGCGAUGUGAGCAAAUGCCUCAUUCAGGAGCUCUGCCAGUGCCGGCCUGGAGAAGGGAAUUGCCCCUGCUGUAAGGAGUGCAUGCUGUGCCUCGGGGCCCUGUGGGACGAGUGCUGCGACUGUGUCGGUAUGUGUAACCCUCGGAAUUACAGCGACACCCCCCCCACAUCAAAGAGCACAGUGGAGGAGCUGCACGAGCCCAUCCCUUCCCUGUUCAGGGCUCUGACGGAGGGCGACACACAGCUGAACUGGAACAUCGUCUCCUUCCCUGUGGCAGAGGAGCUGUCACACCAUGAAAACCUAGUCUCCUUUUUAGAAACUGUGAACCAGCCACACCACCAAAAUGUGUCUGUUCCCAGCAACAAUGUUCACGCCCCUUUUCCCAGCGACAAAGAGCACAUGUGCACUGUGGUUUACUUUGAUGACUGCAUGUCCAUACACCAGUGUAAGAUAUCCUGUGAGUCCAUGGGAGCAUCCAAAUAUCGCUGGUUUCAUAACGCCUGCUGUGAGUGCAUCGGUCCAGAAUGCAUCGACUAUGGUAGUAAAACUGUCAAGUGUAUGAACUGCAUGUUUUAAAGAGGGAGAAGAAAUGCAAACCAAAGCAGUUUAGUUAUUAGGAGGACAUGCAGACUACUCAGUAAGUCAUGAAAUGUGCAGAAAUCAUGAGUUAGUAUGCUAGGAGUGUGUUAAAUUAUAUUAUUGUAACUGUGCCUUAUAUGUUUGAUGCCUAUUAGCAUAUCUCUUUUCCAUUGAAUUUAGUAGAACUUUAGUCACGUGAGAAUCAGGGUUCAGAGAAGUCCUGGAAAGACCUGACAUUCUGACAGAAGGUGCUGUCUUCUUCCAGCUUUCCAAACGCUUUUUGUUUAAAAUGUGAUCGCACAAGCCUGGUCCAUGUGUGGUUCUCACCUGCCAGCUCUAGGACAUCAGGUCCCUCUAGUCACACCUCUCUUAAUUGUGCCUUGUCUGGCUGUUCUGUUUUAUAUGAGUAAAUAUUGCAGUUUAUAAUUCUAACAACUCACAUUCAAACCACAUUAAAAGCUUAAUUUCACACCAUUUUACAUUGGUUUUAGAAAGUAAAUGUUUACUAUAUUUUAUAACAGAAAAGUUUUACCAAAGGACAGCGAGCCAGCUCGGUGGAUAAAGGCGCUUGCUGCCAAGCCUGAUACCUGAGUUUGAGCCCCAGAGCCCAUAUAUUGGAAGAAGAGAACCAGCUCCUGUAAAUUGUCCUCUGACCUUCAUACACGUACGGUGACAUGCAUGCAGGUGUGCAUGAGUGUGCACACACACAAAUAAGUAAAUUUUUUUUAAGUGUAAACCUCUUAUAUGGUGAAAUCUAAAUCUAUUGUGUAGCACCCACGCUGACAGUGAUUUCGACAUUAUGUCCCCUCCCCAUCAGUAGUGCUGAUGCGGUGAUGUAUAGAGUCAUCACUAUUCGUCAGUACAGUAGAGUUGCCUCAACCAAGUUUCAUGGCGUACCUUUGAAAUGUCAUCAAAUGCACUGCGAGGAUCUGGGUGAGAAGUAGCCAGUAACAGAUGCGGGGCUGUAGCUGUCCCAUCAGGCUCCAAGCUGAACGUGAGACUGACCAGGAGAGGGGCUGGCUCAGCACCAGCAACAGCAGGGACUCCAGCACAUGUGAAAAGGGAGAGGGUUGAAGAAGCAUGUAUAGACAUGGACAGAGAAGGGCAAAAAUGUUGGGAACUCCUAGUAGGGUCCACCUUAAAACCAUUUAUAGUCACUGGUUUUGUUCCUUUGUAAUAUUACAUUUGUUUCUGGAUAUCUGAAUCUAAAUAAGUAUCAUAUUUUAAGAAGGUAUAUUUCUGAAAUUACAGGGGGAAACCUGUUUCAUACGUUUACUCCUAGCAUGCUACAGAAUUAUCUAGUUAGCGUCUUAUAUAGCGUUUCCAUAGAGAUGAGCUUCCAUACCACAUGCCCUUCACAGUAAUAAAAUCCUCACCUUCAAGCAUGAAUCUGAAACAAAUAUUUAUAAUACACAGACUCAAUUUUACACAAUUGCUAUUUUCUCUAGAGCAUAUCUGAAUUAAAAGUAACUUUUUAGAAAUAAUCUUUAUAUGAUUACAUAUUUUAGUACAUAAAAUAGAAAAUGUUCUUAAACACAUUUUGUGUCCUUAUUUGAAAAGUAGUUAGUUACGAGAUCAUUUGUGGUAUCAUAGCUACCCAUUAUAAACCAUGCUCUUCGCAGUAGCUGACAAAUACUCCAGGUAUUCCAGCCUUCUAAGAAGCCAACUUAGAACGUGGAUGUAUGUGAUUAUUAAACAUGAAGGCGUGCUCUUACGUUUACCUAGAGGCCUCUCUUUAAAGGUGCCUUGGAAACAUUUCAGCUCCUUUCUUCUUAGCUCCCACAGGGCUGUGGGUUUUCUUGAAAUCAGGAGGCGUUUUGAAGGACCACAGCUAGCUGCUCCAUUUCAGCUGCUGAUUCUCAAGAAAGUUUAUACUAUGAUGAGAGAAUGCUUUGAGAGAAUGGUUUCUGGCAGUAUGUCUUAUGUUUUCUUUGUUUGUUUGCUUGUUUUGUUUGAGAUAGGAUCUCUCUAUGCAGCCUUGGCUGGCCUGGAAUUUGCUUUGUAGAAUAGGCUGGCUAUCCUCACAUUUUCUUAAUGAUGGCCAUAAACAUUAUUAAAAUACAUCACCAUCUUUUUAAAACUUUUCAUUAUUAAGAUUUAAACUAUAGUGUCUUUUUUUUACCCUAUACAUUUUCUAUGAACAAUUUUUUUAAACCAUUUGCUUUAACUUUUUUAUUGCCCUGUUUUUCCCAUUAGAAAUAAUCCCCACUGAGAUAAAUUCAUUUUUGUGUAUUUCUCCUGAUUUGCCAAGGCCUUGAAGAAUUAGUACCCAUUACCUGACAGGUUUGCACUCCCACCACAGAGAGGCCAAACAAGAUGAUCAGAGGUUCAAAGCCAGCCCGGGGUCCAUAGCAAGGCACUGCCUCAGAAGGCACAAGUCCUGUGCUCAGUGUUUUGAGCAGUGGUUUUUUUUUUUCCUGAAUUGAAAUAAAAUAUUUUAGAAGCUAGCAGUCUCACUGAGUCUAGACCUUCCACACCAUUGUAGCAAUUACACUCCAUAUUGAAUAUUUUGUAAUGGUUUAUGUUUCUUUCUCAAUAAAAAAAUUAUCUUAGCCAGGCAGUGGUGGCACAUGCCUUUAAUCCCAGCACUUGGGAGGCAGAGGCAGGUGGAUUUCUGAGUUCGAGGCCAGCCUGGUCUACAGAGUGAGUUCCAGGAUAACCCGGGCUAUACAGAGAAACCCUGUCUCGGAAAACAAAAAACAAACAAACAAAAAAAUGAUCUUGUUUUCUUAUAGCCAGAUCCAAAAACACUAGAUUUUAAGGGCUGAGGUUGAAGCCUGGUGAUGGGGCUCUCGCCUGUCACAGUGCAGCCCCAGGUCCACCCUGAGUACCAACAAGAGACAAACACUAGCUUGUGAAUCAGAGGUUGUCAUUAAAUUUAUAUGUACAUACUUCCCUAUAGCAAGAUAUGGGCUUAUGGGCAUAUUUUUCUCAUAACAUUUUAUGAGAAAACAAUGUUUUCCCCAUAACAUUUAAUUAGGACUGUAGUUUAUUCAUAAUUAAGGUACAAAAGCAAAACAAAUUCUAGUAAAAUAUACUGUUUGUUUACACAGGAUGCUAUGAAAGGGGUCAAACCAAAGUAUAACUUGUAAAGUUUCAGAAGAUAACAUUGUUAUUAGUAUAUUUGAACAAAUAUUUGUAAUUUUAAAAAAGCAUCAAAAUAAAAAAGAAGAAAGUAAAACUGGCAAAUGAGAUGCUGAGGAUGGGCCACAGGUUAGAGGUCUGUACUUAGAAAGCAUCUUUUAAAGACUUUAAAGACUUUGGUCACUUCCAAGAGUCCAUGUUGAUUGCAUUUAACAUGACUGCCAACUUAUAUAUAUAAUUGUAAAAAUUUUCAUUGGUUGUCUCUGUAGUAA